AAGCCUGUUCUAUAAGUUAGUGUCGUUCCUUACAACGCAUGCAUGCAGUGAUGAAGCUAGAAACCCAGUGUCAUUCAGAGGCCAUCCCUGCAGAAGUUUCAGUUCUAGUGCCGGAAAUCAUAGUUCUCAACAGAUCGAUCGAUCGAGAUGGCUCAGAAGGAUCUCUAUCUACCGUUCCUGGCUCUUUCCAUCAUUGCCUGCUGCUUGAUGAACCUGCAAACUGUUCUCAGCUCAAGCAGCAGGAUGCGGAAUUCUACAGACGAUAUUAGUGAUGACAAAUGCCCCCCACAACCUCAUCCCUUAGGUAUGUGCAGGUCCCGAGUAGCAGCUUACGGCUAUCCAUGUGAGGAAUACCAUGUGACAACGGAGGAUGGCUACAUCCUUAGCUUAAAGAGGAUCCCCUAUGGUCUCUCUGGUGCCACCGAGAUGACGAGGACACCAGUACUACUGUUCCAUGGGCUACUGGUGGAUGGUUUCUGCUGGGUACUGAGCACACCAAAACAAUCACUGGGCUUCAUCUUGGCUGAUGGUGGGUUUGAUGUUUGGAUCGCCAACUCUCGCGGAACAGAGUCCAGCCGCAGGCACACCACCCUCUCCCCACAAGACCCGGCCUUUUGGGACUGGACAUGGGACCAGCUUGCUGACUAUGAUCUUCCUGCUGUGCUUGAGUUCGUCUAUAACAGAACAGGAGGCAUGAAAGUCCACUACGUUGGUCACUCCCUGGGGACCUUGAUUAUUCUUGCGGCCUUCUCGGAGAACAGGUUAACAGACAUUGUGCGAUCAGCCGCGUUGCUCUGCCCAAUCGCUUAUCUCAACAGCAUGGAAUCGAGGCUCAUCCUGCUCGCCACUCGCAUCUUCCUCGCAGAAACGAUUCACAUGCUAGGUUAUCACGAGUUCAACCCUGUUGGGCCAGUGGCAAAGGAAGUGUUGGGAAAAGUCUGCGUCGACCCAGAGGUCGAUUGCUAUGAUUUGUUUUCAGCUGUAGCAGGACCGGACUGCUGCCUCAACACCUCGACCACAUGCAUCUUCUUGCAGCACGGUCCACAGUCAAGCUCCAUCAAGAACAUGAUCCACAUGUCGCAGCUGGUCAGGAAAGAGACGAUCAGGAAGUACGACUACGGAAGCGAGAAGGAGAACACGAAGCGCUACAACCAGACGCGGCCCCCAACCUACAACCUCUCGUCCAUCCCAAGCCACGUCCCCCUCUUCCUCACCCACGGCGGCCAGGACUUCCUCGGCGACGUCGCCGACACCAGGCACCUCCUGCGGACGCUGCUCAGCCAGCACGACAGCGACGACAUCGAGGUGCUGUACAUGCCUGACUACGCGCACGGCGACUUCAUCAUGGGCUACAACGCCCCGCAGCUCAUAUACAAGCCCAUGGUGGAGUUUUUCAAGCGCCACUGAGAACUUGCUAGCAAUAAGCUGCUGCUGCUAUAUGCAGCAACAACUGUUUCAUAUAGCCGAUUUGAUUGGUGUAUUAUUGCCGUAAGUAAGUAAAAAAAAAAAGAGAACUUCAUGGGUUGUGACUCUUGAAAUUGUG